AUGGCUCCCUCAACGAUUAACAUCCUUCUCUCCUCAUUCCCGGGCCUCUUUUUACCUUCAACUCUAUCCAUUUCUCUCCCUGCUACCUCAACUGUAUCUGAAUUAACCGAUAGACUCAACUCGCUUCUACCCAAUUCAUUACCAUUGCAAUCUCCUUCGCUCAUUUUAACUACAGCUGGAAAUACGGAACUUAUACCUCACUCCUCCAAAAAGCUUGUUGACUUUCUAUCUGGCUCUAUACCCGAUUGCUCUACCUUUCUCUCUCUUCGACUCAGUGCGCGUACUUAUGGCGGUAAAGGAGGCUUUGGCUCCCAGCUCCGUGCUGCAGGCGGCCGUAUGUCCAGCCGUCGAAAGGGUACCCAAGGAGAAAACAAUGGGUCGAACCGCAAUUUAGAUGGGCGUCGCCUACGAACAGUGAAAGAGGCGAAAGCUUUAGCUGAAUAUCUUGCUCUAAAACCUGAAAUGGAUAAGAAAGAAAAAGAAUCUCGCAGGAAGAGGUGGGAAAUGGUUGUUGAACUCUCCGAAAAGAGAGAGGCUGAGAUAAAAAAUGGCGGCGGGAAAAGUAAAGUCGAUGGCGAAUGGAUGGAAAAUAAAGAAGAAGCUGGGGAAAAAGCUCGUGAGGCCGUAAUUCGUGCCAUGAAAGAAGGGAUCUGGAAGGACAACCUCGCCGGUGGAUCUGUGGGUGGCUCAAGUACGAGUCCGGGUCAAAGUAGUGGAAGUGCAGCACCGAGCGAUGACAGUGAAAUGGAUGAUAUCGAUUCUCGUGAUCGUGGCUCUAAGGAGCUUGCUCCAGCACGACGAUUUGCCGGCUUUGAUGACGAUGAUGAUGAAUUUCUCAGCGAUGAAGAUGAGGAGCUACAAAAUGAUACUGUCAGUGUUGAUGCUACCGCCCAAGUGAAAGGGAAAGCAAAGGCAUGA